CGACGACAGCCCAACACCAACUCAUACAACACCAUGGGCCACCACAGCAGCAACAGUCUGUCCGUGCCUAUUAAUAGCAGCCAAUCACAUUUCAAUGCCGGCAUCGGUGUCAGCAACAGUACGCAGACGAGUAGUGCGAGUGGUCUUGCGGAGAGUGUGCCGCUGUACGAUGACCCCGUGUCAGCCAUGCACACAAUAGAUGGCCAGGGCUGGAAUGCCGCCCUCAAG